GAUUCCAUUGCUGCCUGCACAUCCAUACUACCUGAAGCCGAGUAUAAUUACUCUUGGAGGGAGAAUCAAGUGCUUUAAAACUUCAGGUGCAUCGAGGAUUCACAUCAACUUCAGGAUUUGAGCUGAAUUUCGGGAACAGCCUUCAGCUUUGUUCGUCGACCUGCACAAGUCGACGCAAAAGCAGCGCAUCGAUCAAGCAUUCUCACGAUGGGUUCGUUUCCACCUUUGCGUUUACUGAGUAUAUUGGGACUGAUUCUACUGGCGACAAUCACGGACGCUCACUCCUACAGUGGUGCUGAUUACUACAAGGACUCAUGCCCGCAAGCAACGACCAUAGUGACGGACAUGGUCAACAACUUUGUCAAGGCAAACAAAAAUCUGGCUGGGGGAUUCCUGCGACUGCAUUUUCACGACUGUUUCGUGAGGGGCUGCGAUGCUUCCGUGCUCCUAAAUUCGCCAACCAAUACGGCUGAGAAGGAUGCACGACCCAAUGCUGGAUCGCUUCGAGGAUUUCACGAAAUCGACCAAAUCAAAGCGGCACUCGAGGCCGAGUGCCCUGGAAUUGUAUCAUGCGCCGAUACUCUCGCCCUUGCUGCUCGUGAUGCCACCGUCAAGGUUGGAGGUCAGAGCUGGUCACUGGAUCUCGGUCGAAAAGAUGGCAAAGUUUCGAUUUCUUCCGAUGCGGAUGCGCAGCUUCCAUCACCAUUCGCGACUUACGACCAACUCGUACAGAAUUUCUCGGCUGUGGGAUUCACGCAGGAGGAAAUGGUCAUUCUCUCCGGAGGCCACACCAUCGGCCGAUCAUCAUGCGGAGCAGUUCAGUCUCGUCUCUAUAACUUCAACGGAGUUGCGGGACUCACCGAUCCAUCGAUCGACGCCUCUUUAGCCAAACAGCUCAAGAAGAAGUGCCCAGAGAACGAGCCGGGCAGCACGCUAGCCAUGGAUUCCACCAAGAACACCUUCGACCAUUUGUACUUCAAGGCAGUCUUGAACAACAAAGGCCUCUUCCAGUCGGAUGCAAACUUACUGACGAAUCCAGUGGGAAAGGAGCUUGUGACUCGAUACUCAAAGGCCGGUUCUUCGUUCUUAACUGACUUCGCAGCAGCCAUGAGGAAGAUGAGUAACAUCCAGUGGGCGACUGACGGCGAGGUUCGCCGAGUCUGUUCAGUCAUCAACCAAUAACGAAGCCUUGAUUUUCAAACUCUGAUGACUUUGUAAAGUCAAGAGUCUCCGGUGUGGACUUGGUGCUGGGGUGGGAAUGGGAGAUCGAAAUCUCAGUUCUGAAAGGAAAGCACAGAUGAUCAUAGAUUCAUUUUCAAGGAUACUUGCAGUCCAAAAAGUUGGAAACGCACAUGCUGUGCUUUCAGAAAAUUGCUGUAAGCAUAAUCGACCGUAUACACAAUUCAUUCAUUUGCUGAACCUUUUCCAUUGGGGAGGUUCAACAUAGCAAUCAUUCAAUUGGGGAUGAUCGUGGAAAUAAAGAGCCAUAGCAUCAAUCAAUAUGCAAAAAGACGAUUCACGGUCCUUGC